UUGGACCACCAGUGUCGAAGAGAAACUUUGUUACGAUAGGAGGAACUUUAUGGCAUGAAAUUUGUUUCUUAAUUUGCAGAAUAGAAACAAUAUUGGUAUAUAUUUAUGCAAACACACACCAACUAAAAAGACCUAAUUCCCUCUUUAAGCACGAACCACGAAACCCCAGGCGCCAGGCCCCCAGCAGCUACACUGAAAGGGAGAGCCCGCUCAAAAAGGUGGUAAAUUUUGGCUCUUUUUACUCACUGCCGCUUAAUUACUUCUCCUCAAACAAGAUCAGCAAGCUCGCCCCAUAUAUCGAUUCAGAUUCGCUAGUAUUUUCUGUGAAAAGUUCUAGCUGGAUUCGGUUAACGGGUGGAUACCAGCAGACGGUUUUGGAAUUCGAAUCUAGGAGAAGAUGUCAGACCUUGACCGGCAAAUAGAGCAGCUUAAGAGAUGCGAGCCGCUCGAGGAGUCUGAAGUAAAGAACCUGUGCCUCAAGGCCAUGGAGAUCCUCGUGGAGGAGGGCAAUGUUCAGCGCGUUGAUGCCCCUGUCACUAUUUGUGGGGACAUACACGGGCAGUUUUAUGACAUGAAAGAGCUGUUUAAAGUAGGUGGUGACUGUCCAAAGACUAAUUACUUAUUUCUUGGAGAUUUUGUUGAUAGAGGAUUUUAUUCUGUCGAGACAUUCCUGCUUCUACUUGCGUUGAAGGUGAGAUAUCCUGAUAGGAUAACCCUCAUCAGGGGAAACCAUGAGAGCCGACAGAUAACACAGGUGUAUGGUUUCUAUGACGAGUGCCUACGGAAAUAUGGUUCUAUCAAUGUUUGGAGAUACUGCACUGACGUCUUUGAUUACAUGAGUCUGUCAGCGCUCAUUGAGAACAGGAUAUUCUGUGUUCAUGGUGGUUUGUCUCCUGCAAUUUCUACAUUAGACCAGAUUCGGACAAUUGAUCGAAAGCAAGAAGUUCCUCAUGAUGGUGCCAUGUGUGAUCUCCUAUGGUCUGAUCCAGAGGACAUUGUGGAUGGUUGGGGACUGAGUCCACGUGGCGCUGGAUUCUUAUUUGGUGGCAGUGUCGUCACUACUUUUAAUCACACUAAUAAGAUUGACUACAUAUGCCGUGCACAUCAGUUGGUAAUGGAUGGCUAUAAAUGGAUGUUUAAGGACCAGAUAGUUACGGUCUGGUCGGCCCCAAAUUACUGUUACAGAUGUGGAAACAUAGCUGCAAUUCUCGAGCUAAAUGAAAACCUUGAAAAGGAGUUCCGUGUAUUUCAAGCGGCUCCACAGGAGUCAAGAGGACCACCGGCCAGAAAGCCAGCUCCAGAUUACUUCUUGUAGGGAAUGAAGUGUAAGAAACAUAGUAUUAAAUGGUUCUUGAAUGAGCAAUCUCAUUGUUUUAUGAGUUGCUCUAAAGAUCAAAUUGUGGCUUGAUCUCUGUGGUGGUGUGGUAAAAAAUAGAAACUGUGCUUUUAUAAAAAAAAAAUAGGAACUAUGCGAGUUUUAAAAUAUGUUGAGGGGUUUUGCCCGCACUGUAUUCUUUUGUAUUACCAAAUACUUGUUUUUGUUAUGUUCCAGCCAAGUGCUUUUACAGAAACUUGGUUGUCUGCCAAUUGUUCCUCUACUGUUUCAAACUCACAAUUUUUCUGAUUGUUGCUUUACUGAUCUUUCAGUUGAAUUGCGUUUCUACUAC